AUGAAGGAAAAUCAACUAAAAUCCACGAGACCAAGUACUGCUUACAAAUCAAACAUAUAUUAAUUCUAAUCUUUCAAUGUCAUAACACAAUAUGGUCACGCUUCAAAAAAUAAAGGAGCUUCAUAUGAACAAGAUCAGGCUAACACUAUAAUAAUAGACGGAUCCGAGAUCCAAAACUCGUAAAAAUUCAAUAACUUCUAUACUCCAUCUAAUUAAAUAUAUGAAAAACUGCAAUUUAAUGUAGUUAGAAACCCUAGAAAAACGGAGAAAUGCAAGACUAGACCUUCAGCCCCUCAAAUCUAAUCAAGCAAGAGUGGAAAAAUGUCAGAAACUGCAGUUCGCAAAGUCAGCUUAAAUUUAGGACCCUUAUAUUAAUAGUAAGUCCACUAAAAGGAAGAAUAGAGCACCUCAAGAUAGCAAUCUAGUGAUCGAGACAAGCUCUCAAUCGUUCUUAUGGAUUAGUAACAGCAAUAGCAAUCUAGUGCUAGAAGUGCUGGGGAUAUCUGUACACUCAUUUUCUAGAUAGUCGAAAAAUUUGAAGACCUCAAUUAGAUUAUCAAACAAGAGUAUGAUACCCCAUAAAAAGUAAAGAUAUUCGUGAACCAGAUGUAUGAGAAAUAAAUUAAGCAGCUCAGAAGAAGUCUAGAGUUUAGAUAAUUGCUUUAAAAUCACGAGUAAAUUAAACUUGCAGCGUAUUUGGAUGCCUCAAUAAAAUCUGCUAAUCUUGACUCUGAGUCCUUCACUGGCUAUAUGAUGCAGAAUUAAACAGGCAGAAGAGAUGACUCAGCUGAGUCUAAAUUUGGAAAUUCAGAUAGAACAUCCAGUGACGAGUAGAUGUACAUGAGCAUGCCCCGAAAUCUACUUGUUUUGGAGAUCAUGAAGCUUUAGCAGUAAAUAAAGAAAAACGAGACAUCCCCAAGCAAACAUUCUCACCGUAAAAAUAGCAUGGACAUGCGGAAUAAUUUUUUUGCUUAGUAAAUUUAACAGCAGCAGCUAUACAUAGCAUCCUUUGAGGAAGUAGCAAAGUCCCUUUAAAAUAAGUUAUCAUAGCAAGCCAAGCAGUUUUAAACAUAGUAGAUGCAGUAUUUGGAGUAGAUUGAAAGGCUUAACCUCAAGAUUAAAGAUUAAGAGAUCAAGCAGUAGUAAUUGCAGAAUAAGUAUUACUAGUAGAAUGAGGAAUAUCUGCAUAUGUAUAAGCAGCAGGAAUUUAAAGACAGAAGUCUGAGAGAGUAUGAGAAAACUCUUAAGAAGAUGGACGAGAUGAAGAUAGUCAUGAACGAACUUAAGAAAAACAGCAAAAGUGGUUCUAAGGGUAAAGUCCUGAAGGACCUCGUAGAGAAAAUGUCCCUGAUAGUAAUGAAUCCGAAAAAGAAAGAUGAAAUUAAUGAAAAGGAACUAUUGCUGCUUCGGUACCUAGAUGAUGACAAUUCUCUGCUCAUCGAUGAGAUCUGA